AUGGCACUUUCAAAAAUAUUAAGUUAUUGUUCAGAUAAAAUUCUUAGGGUAUUCUUAAAUCUAGUAUUGACCAUCUUGUUACAUCUUUUAUGUUUGAUUAAAGGCGAACAAGUUCACGUAAAAAAAGUAAUUGCUGGAACUCUUACCGAAUUGAAAUCAGAUGAAAAUGGGAGAAAAGAAUAUCAAUCGGUCAAUGAAGGAAGAUCAAUUCACAAUAUUGUACCAAAUUCUGAAAUGAAAACUUCUCGUAUUAAUAGAAGCAAGAACUCUAACAUUGUACCAUUCACGUUCCAUUGGAAAGAUGGCGGUAACAAAGUCUUUGUUACUGGCGACUUUAACAAUUGGUCAGCAUCUAAACAUGAAAUGACAAGGAUGCCAAAAACAAAUAAUUUUGUUGCUAUUAUUGAUAUCGAUAGUACUAAACAACACGAAUUUAAAUUUAUUGUGGACGGUGAAUGGUAA